AUUAAUUUCCCAAUCUACUUGCCCAAAAAAAUGGAACGCCUAUCGCUUCUCUUUCUGCUCCUCUCAUCGUUCGUUGCUUCCGCCGUCGUUGCGGAGGUUAUCAGCAACGACGAUACUCUGAUCCGUCAAGUGGUACCCGAAGGAGUCGCCGAGGAAGACUUUCAUGAUCAACUCCUCAACGCCGAGCACCAUUUCACGCUGUUCAAAUCCAAGUUCGGGAAGACUUACGCCACGAAGGACGAACACGAUUACCGAUUGGGAGUCUUCAAGGCUAACUUGCGCCGCGCCAAGCGUCAUCAGCUCCUAGACCCUACUGCCUUCCACGGCGUUACUAAGUUCUCCGAUUUAACUCCAUCGGAGUUCCGUCACAAGUUCCUUGGCUUGAAAUCGCUCAAACUCCCAACCGAUGCCGAAAAGGCUCCUAUUCUUCCCACUGAAAAUUUGCCCGUUGACUUUGACUGGCGCGACCACGGCGCUGUUACCGGCGUCAAAGAUCAAGGAUCGUGUGGGUCAUGCUGGGCCUUUAGUACCACAGGAGCUUUGGAGGGAGCCCAUUAUUUAUCGACAGGGGAGCUUGUCAGCUUGAGCGAACAGCAGCUUGUCGAGUGUGAUCACGAGUGUGAUCCACAAGAAUAUGGUGCGUGCGACUCGGGGUGUAAUGGUGGGCUUAUGACCACUGCUUUCGAGUACACUCUUAAGGCUGGUGGACUUGAGAGGGAGAACGACUAUCCUUACACUGGGAAUGACCGUGCUCCCUGCAAAUUUGACAAGACCAAAAUUGCAGCUUCUGUUUCUAACUUCAGUGUUAUAUCUAUUGACGAGGACCAAAUCGCUGCAAAUUUGGUUAAACAUGGUCCUCUUGCAGUGGGCAUCAAUGCUGCUUUUAUGCAGACAUACAUGCACGGGGUUUCAUGCCCGUACAUUUGUGGGAAGCAUUUGGAUCAUGGAGUCCUUCUCGUAGGCUACGGUGAUGCUGGUUACGCCCCGAUCCGAUUCAAGAACAAGCCUUAUUGGAUCAUAAAGAAUUCAUGGGGAGAAAAUUGGGGAGAAAACGGAUAUUACAAGAUCUGUAGGGGUAAGAAUGUUUGUGGCGUGGACUCCAUGGUAUCAAGUGUAUCUGCCUUGCAUAUUUAACAAAAAAAAGGCAGUAGCAGCCACAGUAGAUUUGCUUUGUAACUAAAUGAUAAGCAACACUAGUAGUAAUCAGUAUUCAAACACAUAUAUCAGUAUGUACUAUUUCCAUUUUCCAGCAAUGCUAUGGCUUGAAAGUUGUAACUGAAUAAUCUUUUCCUUGGGAUAUCACUAAUCUUAAGACCUGUGUCUGCUAUAAAAAUUAUAUUGCGUUUGCAUUC